AUGACGAGGCAACAACUGAAAAAUUCUGGAAAACUCAUGAAGAAGUCAUGCAUGCCGAAAAACGACGUAACGGAAGAACAAGUUGGUCAAAUAGAGCAAGGAAAAUUCUUGGAAGAGAGAAAUGUUAUGUGUUAUAUCGCUUGCAUUUAUAGUAUGACUCAAGUUGUUAAAAAUAAUAAAUUAAACUACGAUGCAAUUAUAAAACAAGUAGAUAUGAUGUUCCCGGUUGAUAUGCGGGAUGCCGUUAAGUCUGCAGUGGAAAAAUGCAAAGAUAUAGGGAAGAAAUAUAAAGACAUAUGUGAAGCAUCAUACUGGACUGCCAAGUGUAUGUACGACCAAGAUCCUGCAAAUUUUGUGUUCCCU